AUGGAAAGAGAUUUUCCUAAAAAUUUCAUCUUUGCUUUGGAACCAUUAAACGCUGGAUAUCCACUUCUAUCAAGUCAGGUUAUCGAAAAAAAAAUUCAGUUCCCAUCAGUAUGGAAUGAAACACUAGGUCUUUUUCAAAUUGAAUUCUAUGUUGAAGCUAAUUCACCUAUUGGGGAUUUCUAUUUUAAUAUAGUCUCAACUAAAUUAUUGAGUAUAGAGGGAGAUUUCCCCAGUCAAGCUUUUAACGAGCAAUUAAGAAUUAAAAAAACCAAAAUGGAUUUAAUUGGCCCAGCAUUUAAAAAAAUAACCAAAUUUAAUCAGAAAUUUACUGAAAGUAACCAAUCAGGUCAACUAGGAUGGUCAAUUAUAAUUGAGGACCCAGUAAAUGGAUUUAAAUCAGGUUAUAUAACAGUUAAAGGUGAAUUAGAUCAAUCUAUUUAUAAUUUUUCAAUAUCUAUAAACAACGUUAAAUCAGGAGGCACUGUUUUUAUUGGCGAAUACGACAUCUUUUUAACUGCCUCUUCUCCAUGUAUUACUCAGAACUAUUUCAUCGAGGAAGUUUAUUUACUUGAUAGAAUGGGAAGAUCAUCGAUCUUUUUAAUUAAAUCACCAAAUUUAGCAAUGUAUACAUCAAUUUCAAAUCCAUUCAUUUAUUACUUGAACGACUCAUCAAUCAAUAAGGUUUUGCUAGAAUGUCCCACCAUAAUAGAUAUUUCACCACCAAAACUAAACACUUUCUCAGUAUCUUCACAAAUAAUAGAUACUAGUAAAUCAAAUAGAACUAUUACAUUUUUAUUUAGCGCAAUUGAUGAAGAAAGUGGCCUAAAAGAUAAACAAUAUCCAAUUGUAUACCUUAGCACAAGUAAAAAUAGCGUUAUUGAAUGUGUGUCAUCAAUAGAUUCAAUUACCAGUUUCAUGGCUACAUACUCAUGUAGUGUUGAAUUACCUUUUGGUUUUGGAAACUAUGCCAACAUUUCUUUAAUUUCAGUUUAUGGGUUUAUUAACAACAAUGGGUACUAUUCAGGCUACUCUUCAUUUGACCUAAUGAAAUCAGUUCAAAAUUUCCCAUAUUAUGUUAAUAUAACAUUCCAGACAACUCAACCUGUAAUUACUGGCUACUGUACAAUAACUGAAAAGGGUGGAGAUUUGUUUAUUUAUGGUAGAGGUUUCCAAAGUGAUAUUUUCACAGCACCACAAGCACACAUUGUAUUCGGUGAUGGAUCUACAAGCACCAAUGUUGCAAAAGCAAUUUCACCAACUGUUUUUAAAAUUUCGAAUGUAAAGCCAACCGAAGAUCCAUACAAAGUUAAAGUUUAUUCAGGUUCCACCGACUCAAAUCGAUUUACAAUUGUUCCAAUGGUUUAUAAUUUUAAUAAUAGACCUCCAGUCCCAGAAAAGCCAACAGAUACACCAAUACCAACAAAUAAACCACAACUAUGUUUAGGUUCCCCGGUAUGUGGGGGCCCAACCCAUGGCCAGUGUAUUGAAGAUCAGGGAUGUGUAUGCUAUUCACCAUGGAUUGGUAAUGACUGUCAAUCUAAAAUCAUAAUUGUAGACCCAACUAUUAACAAUACAGCACCAUCAACUGAAAUUACAAUACCAACUGAUAAUACAAACGGCAUACCAGUAAAAUAUAGCUCACUAAUAUCACUAAUAUCACUAAGAGAAAUUAACGCUACAGGUGAUGUAAUUUUCGAAAAAUCUUUCGAAAAAUGGACAGUAAAAGAUUUGGAUAAUACAACAUUCAUUUAUGAUGCAACACUCCAAAUUAAUAAGAAUAAUAACAAUCCAAUUGCCGUCGAUAUUACAACAACAUUGAAAUGGUUUGUUAAUGAAACAACAAUUACAUUUGCCAAUGAAGAGUUAAAAAUGAACCCUUCUUCAAUGAAAUAUACAGUCCAGAUUAGUAACUACCCAUUUGAAAGUCAAUUAAAUCAAUUACAGUUAGUAAUGUUUGCCUCUAUCCAAUCAAAUUCAACUGAUAAUAUUUGCUCGUUUAGGGAUUUUGGUGAAACAACAUCAGGGGAUAACUCAAACUACAUUAAAAUUCAAGUUGAUAACCAUUCUCUAUAUGGUAGAUUUAUUAGAAGAGGUAUAAUAGACUCAACUAUUAGAGCAAUUACAAACAUACCACUAGAUGCUCAAAUGAAACCAAUAGGUGAAAGCAAAUUAAUUCAAUCAUACAUUGGUAUUCAAAUUCCUUAUUUUAGAGAACUGGCUCUUAUAGACCCAGAUUUCUCUGUUCUUAUCGAUUCAGACUCUGCAUCAUCUAAAUCUGGUUCAAUAUGCCCAUCCAACUCAAAGCUAAGUGGUGUUAAAAUUGCUGGUAUUGUUAUAGGAGCUGCUGCAUUUACUGCCAUCAUUACAAUUUCAAUUGUUUAUUUUAUAAUACAAAAAAGAAAAGGAAAAUUAUUCAAAGACAAUUUAAAUAUAAAAAUGAAAAAUAUUAAUAAUUAA